AUGACCAGAAAUUUAAGACAACUUUAUAAUCAACGUAGAUGUAUUUUAAAAAAAGAUGCUACUAUUCAAAGUCAUCAAUGUAUACUGAAACACGGUAAUUUAUAUAUACAGAAUAUAAAAGAAUUUCGAAAAAUUAUUCAAAAUGGGCCAGAUUAUGUUUGUAUAUCAUGUGGAUUAGCACUUUUUCGUAAUCAGGUAAUACCAUUCAUUAAAGAAAAAUAUAUAAAAGAAAGUAUGACGUUUGAAGUAAAGAAAAAAAUUCGAUCUUACUUUAAUCAUAUAUCGUUUACAGAACAGCAAUUGCCUAGUCGAGUAUUGUUGAGUAAAUUGGAAGUUUCUGAAAUUCCAUCUGAAUUAAAAAGAUUAAAUAAUCUUGAAAAACAUUUAGUUGCAUUACGUUUACCAUUUAUGAAAAUCGUAAAUUUAACAUCUGGAAAAAUUCCUAGUAGAUUAUCACAAAAAAAGUACUAA